AUGAGCAAUAUGAUUGAUGUAAAAAAUAUAAUAAGUAUAUUAGUAAUUUUGAUACUUUGCUUAAAUGGGGUUAUAAGCAAAAAAACAGUCGAUUUAGCCACUUAUGAGAAAAAUAAUAUUACAUUAAAUGCAUCACCCGGAGAAACCCUCGAAUUUACAUGUCCUUAUACAAAUAAGGAAAUAAACGGAAUAGACCAUCGAGAACAAGAUCGUUUUGAUGAAAAUUUAUUAUGUUUUGAAUAUGUGUCAGUAAUGAAUACAACAUAUAGAAUACAAGAUUAUGUUCGUGGUGCAUAUAAUAUAAUAAUGAGUUCAGAUAAUAAUGUUCAUAGAUCUGAAUUUACAAUUCCACCUAUUGUUGUAAAUAGUCGAAAUUUUUCUUGUUAUUGUUAUAUGGAAAAAGAAAAUAAAGUUAUUAGAAAAGUAUUAAAAGUAUAUAUUUCAGGGGGUUCAAAAAAAAUACCAGGAUGUGAUUUUAAUUAUGAAUAUAGAACAUCUACAGCUAUAACCAUGGAUGGUAUUGUAAAUUAUCAAGUAAAUAAAGUAUGUGAUGCAUAUCCAAAAAGUGGAGAUGAUCUUGUAUUAUUAUGUCCCCAUAGUUAUAACAUAAAACCUAACACAUGUUUUAAUAAUGUAUAUGUUAGAAAUGAAUUAAAUAAUCAACAUCAUAAUAAAAGAUGGGAUGAAAAUAAUUAUAAACUUGUUAAUUCUUCAACUAUUUUUAAUAAUGAACUGGUUACAUAUGGAGAUAAAACUUCUAUAUUUACAAAAUUACCUGUGACUAAUGAUAAAAAAUAUUUUUCUUGUAUAUGUCAAUCAGCUGAUGGGACAGAUUUUUUAAUAAUGCAUGUAUAUAUGAAUCAAGUUCAAAAUAAUAAUAAUUUUAAAGAUUCAAGAAGAUAUAUAGAACAUAAUGAAGAAGUUUCAACUACAUCUUACUAUAGAUCAGAGAGAACAACUAGUAAUGGUUUUGUUUUUAUUUUUAGUAAAAUAUUUGUUUUUAUUUUUCUAGUAAAUUAUUACAUUUUUUUUUAA